UGAGAUUCCGAUCUGACCGUUCAUGGCGGCCAAACCACGUCACCAGCGGCUGCGUGCCCCAUUUUAGUUGCUUUCUCGCCGCACGCCGCCGCCGUCGCGGCGUUUCACAGACACAACAAACGCUGCUCCAAGCAGCGGCUUCACCGACCGGCAGCAAUGGCGAGGACGACCAACGGGUGGGCACGAGGGGUGGUGGCGUUCGCGGCGGUGGCAGUCGCGGUAUCAGCGGGGCGGCGGUACAGUUGGGAUGUGGAGGCGGCGGUCGCGGUGUUCAGGCGCGGGAGGGGUGCGCUGGGGCCCUGGGCGGCACCCGCUCACGUCGCCGCCCACGCGCUCACGCUCGCGCUAUGCCCACCCUACGCCAUCUUCUUCGAGGGCGCCGCUGCGCUCUUCUUCGGGUUCCUCCCUGGCGUUGUUUGCGUCUUCUGCGCCAAAAUCCUUGGCGCGUCGCUCUCCUUCUGGAUCGGCAGCUACCUGACAACACUGUAGUGACAGACCAUGUUGGAAAGGAGGCUAUUCUGUUUCAGGCUUUCAAGGAAAGACUUGGUCAGUCUGAUCCGGUUAAUAUGCAGUUUGGUUUGGUUUCGGUCAUGACAAGAGUGGAUGGGCUUGAGGAGCAUCGGGCCCAGAUGGAUUCAACGGGUGUUUUCUGAAAUCUUGUUGGCACCUCAUUGAGCAAGACUUCUAUCAGCUUUGCAUGGAUUUUCAUGCUGACAUCUUGACCUUGAGUGCCUAAUGCCGAGCUUAUUAUUCUUGAUUCCCAAGAUCCAUUCGCCUGAAACUGCUAGCGACUUUCGUCCUAUUACAUCGCUUGACAACACCUAAUGCCGAGCUUAUUACUCUUGAUUCCCAAGAUCCAUUCGCCUGAAACUGCUAGCGACUUUCAUCCUAUUACAUUGCUUAACUGUUGUUUGAAGAUUAUCACGAAGCUUCUUGCUAAUCGUCUUCAGAAAGUGAUUUUACGCAUUGUUCAUAGGAACCUGUAUGACCUCCUUAAAGGGCGCAUGAUUCAAGACUAUCUGGCAUGGGCGUUCGAGUUAAUUCAUCAGUGUCCGGGAGAGAUUAUUAUUCUUAAGUUGGAUUUUGCCAAAGCGUUUGACAUGAUUGAGCAUGAACCAUUGAUUGCCAUUAUGAAGCACAUGGGGUUUUAUGAGAAGUGGUUAGGCUAGAUCAAGUGUAUAUUCUCCUCUGGCAAGUCAUCUGUUUUAUUGAAUGGCACCCCCAGCAGACAGUUUGUUUGCAAUGGUGGAGUGCGACAGCGUGAUCCUCUCUGGCCAUUGAUCUUUGUGCUUGCGGCUGAUCUCUUGCAGUCGGUGAUCAACAAAGAGUUGAUGAAUGACUGGAUCAAAUUACCCAUUCCAUCGGCUGAUGCUAAUUUCUAGUGACUCAGUAUGCCGAUGAUACGAUUAUGGUGAUGUUGAUGUCUCCGUGCCUUGUUCAAGCUAGCCGUAUGAAAGAGAUCUUGGUAAAAUAUGCAACAUCCAUUGGUCUCCGCAUCAACUUCCAGAAAUCCACUCCGACCCCUUUGAAUGUGGUGCCAGGCUAGAGUUAUCUAGCCAGUAUCUUUGGAUGUGUGCUUGGCUCGAUCUCGUUUACUUAUCUGGGUUUACCCAUGGGCACUACUCGACCCACUGUUUCUGAUAUUAUGCCGUUGGUAGCUUCCAUGGAGAGAAGGCUCGCCACCACUACGUGUCUGCUCUUCUAUGGGGCCAAGCUCACUUUGAUGAACUCGGUGCUUAGAGCAUCUCCAGCCGUUCGGCCCCCCCAGGCCGCCGAAAAAGAGCCGCCUGGGGGCGAGCCGGCGCUAGAUUGGCACGUGGGGGCAACUUUGUUCCCAGUCGUCGGCCCACAGGUCGCCCCGGGUUCGGCGAUGUUGCGUACAAAUAUAUGCAAACUCGGCGAAACUUCAUUGAAAUUUGUACAAAAACAUGAAAACUUGCAAACUACGCCUAGCCGCCGCCGUCGCCGUCGUCUACAUGCCGAGAAGCCUGUAGAAGCGGGUGUAGUCGCCGCCGUCGCCAUCAUCGUCGUCGUCGUCGCGCGCCUGGCUUGGGCCGGCGCCGUCCCUGCUGCAGCCCUGGCCAGGGUCACCGAGGUGCGGUGGCGCGCUGGACGGCCCGGCCUCGUCCUCCUCGUCGCGGUCGAGGACGAUGACGCCGCCCUCCUCGCACCCGCGGCGCCGGGCCUGGAGCUCCGCGUACGCUCGGCGCUGGCGGCGUACCUGCUCCCGGACGUAGUCCUCCUUCACCCACUUGAGGGUGGACUCGUCGUCAGGGGCCGCCAUCUCGGCGUGCUCCGGCUUCACCGGGAGCAGCCACGGCUCUGGCUUCGGCCCGACCAGGCGAAGGGAACCGCGUGGGGAGGGCCGGGCACCCUCGUUGAUGACGAGGGCGCCGCUGCGUGUUCGGCGCCCGAGUGGCGUCUCCUUCGGCUCGGGCUUGACGGGGUGGAGCGUGGCCGGCGAGCCGGAGCCUGACGACGAGGACGGCCCCGGUUCCAUCCGCCGCGGCGUCCAGGAGCUACCUCGGCGGCGAGAGAAGGACGGCCGUGGCGGGUACUCGAGGCGCGGCACGUUGCCGGUCUCGAUGUGGUUGAGGACGGCCUCGAGGGUGCGGCCUGGCACGCCCCACCACUCACGCCGCCCGUCGGCGUUGAGGCGGCCCCGCGGGAUGACGCCGUUGGUGGAGGCGAUCUGCUCCUUGCGGCGGCGUUGGAAGUACAUGGUCCAGAGGGUGUGGCUGUUGGCGGCGUAGCGCGGCUCGUUCCGCUGCUCCUCCGUCAGGGACGAGCGGAUGCGGGCGUUCUCGGCCCGCCGCGCCGUCCCUUCGGGCACCGGUGGCACCAGGACGCCGCCGACGCUCAGCCUCCACGUCCCCGGCACCCGCAUGUCCGGGGGCGCCGGGUACUCGGCCUUGUAGAGCAGGCGCGCCUCCGGCUAUUGGAGGUGGCGGCGGCCGAAGCCGUUCGCCGCCCCGCCGUCGCCUGGGUACCUCUCGGCCAUCUUUCUCGCCGGCGGGAAGAGGGGAGAGUGUUGCUUUCUGCGCCGGAGAGGUGGGAAAUGAGAGCUGUGGUGUCCACUGGCGGGGGGUCGCCUUUUAUAGCCGUAGCUGGGCGGCGACGGGCUGCAUGCCGGGCGACGCGUGGCGGGACGCGCGUCGCGGCGCGUUCACUGCGCCGCCCGUGAGGCAUCAAUGGAGGCUGACCAGCGCGGCAGCCUCCGCAUUGAUUCCCGCGGGAACCGAGGCGAUGAGGGCGACGAAGUGACGUCUCGCUGACUCGGCGGGCCCAUCCUCUUUUGCGCCAAAAUCGCUCACCCUGGCGCCCCCGGGCGCCCCCCAGCGCGCCGGGUUCGGCCUGGGUCCGCCGGCGCCAGUUUUCGCCCAAACCAGCGAAAAACGGGCUCUUGGGGGCGCGACUAGGCCGAUUUUUGGGCGCCGGCGCGGAAAAAUCGCCUGGGGAGGGCCUGUUGAGGGCGCGGCUGGAGAUGCUCUUACCUCCUUGGCCAUGUAUGCGAUGUGCACUCUCAGUACAACCAAGAAUAGUUGUGCACUCAGUACAAGUUGAUGCCUCUAGAGGAGGAAAAUUGGUGAUGGAACGAAAUGUAACUCUCUUGCUGCCUGGGAUCUGGUGUGUCAACCCAAAGAUAAAGGUAGUCUUGGGAGUUAUCAACAUCAAAAUACAGAAUCAGGGGUUGUUGCUCAAAUACCUACAUAAGUUCUAUAACAGAGAGGAUGUGCCUUGGCUGCAACUCAUCUGGGCAUCGUAUUAUGAGGAUAAAAUACCACACUCUAGCUCGUCUUGGUGGAGAGAUGUGUCUUAAUUACCUGAUGACUAUAGAGGAGUCACUAAAGUGGAUGUUGGCAAUGGUUAUAUUGUCCUUUUCUGGAAAGACUUGUGGCAAGAUGAUAUACUUCUAACUCGCACCCCAGAGCCUACUCUUUUGCUAGGGCUGAGGAUAUAUUUGUUCUGGACAUGCUCUCAGCAAACACUGUAAGUGAGAUUUUUCACCUACCUCUUUCCCUGCAGGCCAGGCAAGAGGUUCAGCAUCUUCAGGACCUGAGUGCGGUCUAGGGGUGGGCAUAAAAACCAAGUAACCGAAUGCCGAACCGAAACUGAAACCGAAAAAACUGAAUUUUUGGUUUUUACGGCUGGUUCAGUAAAAUUCGGUUUUCCUGUAUGAUAACCGAACGCAAAUCACUCGGUUCGGUGUGGAACUGUAUAACCGAAAGAAAAACCGAAGCUAGUCCUAUUGAGCCUCCGCGCGUCACGCGUCUCGCCAAGUCGUCGCUAGCGAGUAGCCACCACUCGCGGCCUCACAGCAUACUGUGUACGAACAGCCCACGUGCGAGUUUUUUUAGCUAACCCAUGUGCGAGUUAAGCCAGCCAACUACACUAGGCCUUUUGCGUCAUAAUGGGCCUUCUAUCUAAAUUGCAUGGCCCAGACGCAAUAACGAAUGCUUUUGAGCAUUGGUGAAGUGUGCAGCGGGUUUGUUUAGUCCCACAUCGCUUCCUUAAGCUCAAGGUGAUAGUUUGCUCAGUUACAUAAGAAGGCGGUGGCGCUCAGCGGAGAUGCGCUCACAUCUUCUUAGGUAGGGAAGUAAAUGUUUGGUAAAAAAUGAUAACCAAACCGAAUUAAACGGUUAACCGAAAUUUCGUAGCUGUUUUAAGGUAUUAUUUUUGGUUAGCAUUUUUGUAAA